AUGCCGCCGGGUUUCAUGAUCCAGCGGCAUCCCGCAGAGGUCGUCCUGGCAGACCAACCUGCACCAUCAUCCCCAUCCACCUCCGACGACCCAUUCACCCCGAAUCACCCCCCACUACCUUCCAGCACAAGAAUCUCAGCCCCAACUCCCAACAAUCUACAAAUAAACCAACUCUUAAACCCGGAACACUCGAACCCCUCUACCAGCACCCCUUCUGGAGCCUCCCGGGACCUGCAGCCUGCCGAAACCCAGAUCCUCGGCCGCCGACAACGAGAGAGCUCCGAAGAGCCCGCAGAGGAAGGGAAUAUCAACGAGGGCGCAGGCGGUCCAGGAAGUGCGCGGCCGAGUAGCAGCGACCAUCGACCAAAGCGUACACGUCACGGAUCUAGGAUGAGGCCAGAGGGAGAGACGAGCAACUUCAACGGUACCUCGAGGCCACAGCCAAAUGGAUCGGGGCCCUCCUCUCUGCACAAAGCUGCCCUUUCAAACUCGGCAAAUGGAACUCGACGAUCUCCGUUAUCAAUGAACGGAUCGUUAAGUACGAACGGCCGUUCUAGUGGCAAGCAGAAGCCUACAUAUUUUGGUCAUGACCGGGAAGAGAUAACCAGAAUAUUGAUACAGUCGUUGACAGAUCUGGGCUAUAACUCUGCUGCUUCAAGCUUGAGUCAGGAGAGUGGCUACGAUUUGGAGAGCCCGACAGUUGCAAAGUUUCGAAAUGCCGUCUUGGAGGGGGCAUGGUCCCAAGCAGAAAACCUGCUGUGUGGCGGGGUGCUGGAGGAGGGGGGCGUGAGUAUUGACGGGGAUGGCCUGACUCUCCAGGAUGGUAUUGACCGGAACUUGAUGCGGUUCUGGCUACGGCAGCAAAAAUUCCUAGAGCUCUUGGAACGGAGGGACACUGGUAGGGCGUUGAUGGUACUUCGGGCAGAGAUCACACCCCUCUAUCAGGAUACUGGCAAACUUCACUUUCUUUCUAGUUUACUCAUGUGCCAAUCAACUGAAGACUUGAAAAACAAGGCAGCAUGGGAUGGUGCCGAAGGUAGCUCACGGCACCAGCUACUCUCCAAAUUGUCCAGAUUCAUGUCUCCCUCGGUCAUGUUACCAGAACAUCGAUUAGCCGUACUACUGCACCAGGUUAAAGAAAAUCAAAUAGGCGCCUGUCUCUAUCACAACACCUCCGCCUCUCCGUCUCUCUACCAAGAUCACAACUGUGACCGAAAUCAAUUCCCGCUACAUACCGUCAUGGAACUUGAUCAACACAGUGGGGAGGUAUGGCAAGUGAAGUUUUCGAACGACGGUGAACGAUUGGCGAGUUGUGGGAAAGAUGGGACUUGCAUCAUCUAUGCGGUAGGGACUUUCGACGUGAUCCAAUGUCUUGCGAAAUCCGAAUCUGGAAUUGCCUCGUUUGCAUGGAGUCCCGACGAUUCGAUGAUCGUCACGUGUAGUACUGACCAAACGGCGGUUCUGUGGGAUACCCACACCGGGCAAAUAUUAAAGCAGCUUCCUCGCUUUGGAGAGCCCGCAAGCAGCUGCGUCUGGGCUCCUGAUGGUCAGAGUUUCGUCACCGGGUGCUUGGAUAGAGAAAGAAACCUUUGCCAGUGGAGCUUGCACGGAGAACUUAUCUAUGACUGGGGUCAGCCGCAUCGAAUACAGGACCUUGCGGUCUCGCCCAACGGACACUACCUGGUUGCGAUGGACCACGAAACGCACAUCCACGUGUACAACUUCGUCACCCGCGAGCUCGAGUACGAGAUUGAUAUGAAAGCAAACAUGAGCUCAGUAAGCAUCAGUCAGAAUUCCCGGUAUCUGCUAGUCAAUAAAACCGACGGGGAGGCUCGCAUGAUUGCCCUGGAUACCCGAGAGACGUAUCGGUCGUUCAAAUCGGGUGCCAAGGGUGGGAAUUUCGUCAUCCGCGCAACGUAUGGAGGUGCAAACGAGAGUUUUGUAAUCUUUGGCAGCGAAGAGGGCAGCGUCUACAUCUACCACAAAGAGACCGGGCAACUAAUAGAGAAACUCGAAGGCCACGGCAAAGCAUCCUGCAACGCCGUCUCUUGGAACCCAGCAAACCCCUCAAUGUUCGCAACCGCUGGCGACGACGCUAAAGUGCGAAUAUGGGCCGACGUCGACCAGCUAGAACAUCGUCUCUUGGCCAACUCUGGCCGCCCUUCCAACGGCCGCAGUUCAUAA